AUGAAGGUGAUGAUUGAUACAGGUGCAAAUCGAUCUUUUAUUUCAAUUAAAGCAUUAGAUCCAUCUUAUGGUAAGCACCUUGUUAAUAAAUCACAUAGUCGUAUAAUUUUAGCUGAUGGUCAUACAUCUCUUUCUGUUUUUGGUACAAUGACUUUAUCUAUUACAAUGGGUGAUAUGUUAACUUCUAUUAAAGCAUUUGUUGUUAAAGAAUUAUGUGCUGAUUGUAUUUUAGGCAUGGAUUUCAUUAAUAAAUAUAAAUUAAUUAUUAAUACAGAAGAACAAAUAGUUUCAAUCAGUGAUGAUUAUAAACGAACAACAUUGAAAUUUGCUAUUAAUAAAAACGAUAUAAGAUAUCCUGCACGUUUAAUUAAUAAUGUUCGGGUUCUACCAAAGCAAACAGUAACAGUUCCUGUAUCGGUAGAAUUAUCGUCAGCUCAAGUAUUAUUUCGUCCAUCUUUUAAAUUACAACAACGAUCACCUGUCGUUAUGUUAAAUUCUGCAUUAACUAUUCAUCAUCAUACAUCAUUUAUUUCACUUCAUAAUCCAACAACUUAUUCAUAUUCUUUACCAAGAGGAAUUAUUUUGGGAACAACAACUAUUCCCACAUUGUCUUUUAAAAGAAAUUCAACUACUGAUCAUCAAAUCGUACAUAAGAACAUUAAUAAUUUAAUUCGACAUAUUGAUAAUCCUGAACAACAAGAUAGGGUAAAAACUCUUCUUAAUCAAUAUGCAAAAUUAUUUGACACAAGUAAAUUAACAGUUGCUAGUAAUGUAACAUCUCAUGCUAUUAAAACGCUUGACCAUCCUCCACCAGUAUCUAAACCAUAUUAUUCUACUCCAAGUAAACAAGAAGAAAUGUAUAAAAUAGUACAAGAAUUAUUGCAUUUUGGAUUAAUUCGUCCAUCUGAUUCUCCAUAUGCAGCACCAGCAUUACUGGUAGCUAAGCAAGAUGGUACAUGGAGAAUGGUAGUUGAUUAUAAGAAAUUAAAUAACAUUACUAUUAAAGAUAAUCAUCCAUUACCUAAUAUGGAACAAGCAAUACAAUUAUUAGGUGGUGGCUAUAAUUUUUUUUCUAAACUUGAUAUGAAGAGUGGAUUUUGGCAACUUCCAAUUAAAGAAGAAGACAAAUUUAAAACUGCAUAUAUUACUCCAGACGGUCUCUUCGAAUGGAAUGUGCUGGCUCAAGGUCUUAAGAAUAGUCCACCAUCUUUUCAACGAGUAAUGACUGAUAUAUUAUCACCAUGUCGGGAAUUCUCGUUGGUUUAUAUUGAUGAUAUCGUGGUAUAUUCUCGUUCAUUUGAAGAACAUCUCAAUCAUCUUGCACAAGUAUUAGCUGCUUUAUCAAAACAUAAUUUUCAACUUAAUCCGGUCAAAUGUAAUAUUUUUCAUCAACAUAUUGAUUAUCUAUCUCAUACGAUAUCUGAAUUUGGUGUUAAACCUGAUAAUGAAAAAAUUCAAGCAAUUAUUAAAUUGAGGGAACCUUCUAAAUUAGCAGAAGCAAAUAAGUUCCUGGGUUCUAUUUCAUGGUACCGAAAAUUUAUUCCUCAAUUCGCUACAGUUGCAGCACCCAUCCAUCGAGUAACAAAUUUGACCAAACCAAAUCGAAGACAAUUUGUUUGGGGUGAUGCACAACAACAAGCAUUUUUACAAUUAAAAGAAUUAUUAAUUAAAUCCCCAUUAUUUCUUAAUUUUCCAAAUGAUAAUUAUCCACUUAUACUGACAACCGAUGCAUCGAAAGUGGGUAUAGGUGGUACAUUACAACAAAAUAUUGAUGGUGAAAUUAAAAAUUUAUAUUAUCAUUCUCAAGUUACAUCUCCUACUCAACGACGAUAUGAUCCUAUUGAAUUAGAAGCAUUAGCUAUAUGGUUAUGUUUUCAACGAAUGCGAUCUUAUUUACUUGGAAGAUCUAUUAUAAUUUAUACUGAUCAUUGUCCCUUAUGCAAAAUGAUGAAUUCAUCGGUAAAAAAUCGACGAGUAGAUCGGAUUUCUAUUUUAUUGCAAGAAUAUAAUAUUGAAAAAAUUAUUCAUAUUAAAGGUCAACACAAUUGUUUAGCUGAUUAUUUAUCUCGUCAUCCAAUACAAAAUGAUGAAGAAAUAUUUGAUGAAGAUUAUGGCAUAAACAUGUUAUUUCAAGGGGAACCACCAGAAAUGGUGCAUGUUCCUGAAAACAAUUUUCAAAUUGUUGGUGCUGUUGUUACACGUUCCAAGAUGAAACAAAUAGCACAACGACAAGAUCAAAUUCAUAUAACUAUACCACCAAUUAUAAAUGAUAAAUCAUCUUCAUCAAGCCAAGAAAAAAUUGAACAUUCAGAUGAAGUUACAUCAGAUUUAAUUACAUCUAAUAAUUUUGAUAUAACUCAAAUCAAAAUUGAACAAGCAAAAGAUCCAGUUAUUCAAAAUAAACUUAAAGAAAUUAUGAAAGAUUCAACAAAACAUUCUUAUGUAUUUAAAGAUGGCAUAUUAUACAAGUUGGCAUUAAUGCGUAGUAAUUCCACUACAAAAACAAAAUUAAUUUAUUUACCAUCAUCUAUGAUUAACUCCCUUCUUCAAUUCUACCAUAAUGAUCCACUUAGUGGUCAUUUUGGCGUUCGACGUACAUAUUUAAAGAUUAAAAAUAAAUUUUGGUGGCCAAAAAUGAAACAAUCGAUUACUCAAUAUAUACAAUCGUGUUUACCUUGUCAACAAUACAAUAUUAAUCGUACUAAGAAACCAGGUCGACUUAAUCCAAUUCCUACUCCAGAAGGACCAUUUCAAUUAAUAGGCAUUGAUUAUUGUGGUCCGUUCAAACCAACACCUCGUGGCAAUCAAUAUGUAUUAUGUAUUACUGACUAUUUUACAAGAUGGGUAACGGCAGUAGCUUUACCUGAUUGUUCAGCACAAACAACGGCCCAAACAUUAUUUAAUAAUCAUAUUUGUCAAUAUGGUGUACCAUCAGCUAUAUUAUCUGAUCAAGGUACUCAUUUUAAAAAUCAACUUAUGGAAUCUAUGGCAAAAUUAAUCGGUUACAAUCAUAUUUUUUCAUGUGUUUACCAUCCACAGUCUAAUGGAAUGGUUGAACGUUUCAAUGCAACAUUUGUUCCCCAAAUUGCAAAACUUCAAGAUCGUGAAAAUAACAAUUGGGACGAAUUUUUAUUACCAGUAGUAUUCGCUUACAAUACUGGAAUUCAUGCAACAACUGGUUAUUCACCAUUUCAAUUACAAUAUGGCCGUGAUCCACGUUUACCUACAGAUGAACCUUCAACAUCGUUCACCUUCAACAAACCGCAAGAUUAUUAUGAACCAUUAAAAAAAAAUCUACUGAUAUUACAACGACAAACACGUGAUAAUGUUAAUAGCCGACAACAACGAUACAAGCAUCGCUAUGAUAAACAACGUGCAGAUCCACAUUAUGAAAUUAAUGAUUUAGUAUUGAUUAAAAUUCAUGGAACAAAAACGAAAUUAGAUCCAAAAUAUUCAAUUACACCUAAAGUGAUUAUUAAAAAACAACAUCCAAUUUAUUGGGUUAAAGAUGAAGAUACGCAGGUCGAAUCGAGAGUGCAUGUCAAUGAUAUUCGACCUAUAUUCAUUUCCAAAACAAUAUAA